ACUCGUAAAACAUGUGUUCAAAUACAUAAAAUAUCCACCAGGGCUAUUAGUAAAAUGGUGCGCAUAUUUGGAGAAAUAAUGAUUAAUUAUAACAUGUUAGUAAAAUAUUUAGUCAUACAGAAUAAGAUUUCUAUUCAUUGUCCAGUGAAUUAUGCGACCUGAAGAGCUCAAACAGCGAACGGAGCGAGAUGUGUGUCCUCUUCCUGAUUUGCGUCAGAUUUGACCUCAGAGCUCUAUCAUUUGCUGUACAGCUGUCAAUCAUCUCAUGUGUUUCAACGUGCACUGUGGCAGUAAUGCAAUAUUUAGAAAAUUGACUCAAGUAGUUUUAAAAACAAGUACUUUAGUAAUUUUACUUAAGUAGACAUCUGACUGUAGUACUUUUACUUGUAUUUGAGUAAAAUUUAGCAAGGGGUAUCUGUACUUUUACUCAGGUAAUGAAGUUAUGUACCCUGUCCGCCUCUGCCAGGCUGCCUGAGAGUGCCUUGGAUGGGGCUAACAACAGCAGCAACACCCGCUACUCGUUGAGAAGAGAGAAUGACGCGUGCUUUCACAUCAAUCUCCAAGUCUCCAACCACGCCAGAAAAUAUUGCUAGAUUUGGCCUAUUUGCUUUUUUUUAAAUAAAGUCGCUAAAGGGUUCUAGAAAGUUGGUAAAUCCACAGAUAAAGUUAGCAUCACUGCUGAGAGAGAAAGCCUACUCUGGUGAAAAUCGCUUCAUUGAGAUCAAUUAUAGUAGUGCGCAUUUUAAUGUCAGUAACGGUAACAGCGUUAUAACAGGGGAAACAGUAAUUUUUACUCGUUACUGAAAAAAAUAACGCUGUAAGUAACGCCGAUUACUUAUAAUGCCGUUAUUACCAUCACUGGGUACAUCUUCAUUACUAUUCCUAUUUGUAAACAUAGCUUUGUAUAGCCUACUCUGCUUAUUGUUUGCUCUCAAAGGCAAAAUGUAAAAUGCUUACCUAUUUGUAAGACGCUUUGAUAGAAGUGUCUGCUAAAUGAACAAAUGUACAUGUAACAACAGAUAUGCUGUUGCUCUUUAAGGUAACAACUGUCAAAAUAUUUUUUACUUUAUAUAAAUGCAAAUCAUGAUUCAUGAAUAUAUAACUAUAAGUAUCAUGAAUAUAUAACUGCAUAUGAAAUUUUAUUUUUUUCUGAUUUUAUUUAUGUAAGUAAUAUCUGUAAUAUCUCAUGCAUAUGAAGUGAUGUCUGGACUGCAGAUCAUCUCAUUCAUUAUCAUCAUCAGCUCUGUGUUACUACAAACUCACUCAGCUGAUGGUGAUGUUUACUCAGCUGUACUUCCACACACAGUAACAGCUCUGACGGACUCUUGUGUGCUGAUACCCUGCACAUUCAAUAUCAAUACAUUUGAGGAAAAACUGCAGAAAACAAAACAGAUUUAUGGGAUUUGGCUGAAAAAGACAUCACGCUUUGGGGAAGACAAGAGUUCAGUAGUGUUUAACAGCAGUCAAAACAUCAUUCAAGGAUUCAGACACAUAGAGAUGAUUGGAAACCUCACUGAGAGAAACUGCAGCACUGUCUUCUAUAACAUCAUGAUGAAUCAUUCAGACCCGUAUUACUUCAGAAUAGAAAUGGAGCCAAAAGUGUUCAGAGUAACAUUUAACACCAAUCAAACUGAUGCAAGUGAUUCAAGCAAGACUGUGAGGAUCAAAGUCAUAGAUUUACCACAACCUCCUGAGCUUAAAUCCAAUCCGGAUGUGUCUAAAUCUGUGAUGGAGGGCACUGCAGUGAAUCUGAUCUGCUCUGCUGAAGCUCCCUGCCCCAAACAACCUCCUACAUUAUCCUGGACUAACAUCCCCAAAUCUGCCAACAUUAUAACACAGUUACAGGAGAAACCUGAUAAAACUCAUUCAGUGUUUUCCUCAAUGACCUUCAAUGCUUCAUACAUGGAUCACAGGAUGAACAUCUCCUGCACUGCAACAUAUCCAAGAAACAUCUCCAAUAACACAACUGUGAACACCACAGUAAUGCUGCGAGUUCUUUCAGAUAUCAGUGUCUCAGUAAUUAAUUGCUUUUAA